GAAUUAUUGUCAACGCCUCAGGCCGUUGCUCGUGUUAGUCAUUAUCGCCUGGCGGCACAUUUAGGUAGCGCUUUUCUUCUUUAUGCGGGCAUGCUUUUAACUGGCUUAAAGAUUGUUCAAGAUGCAAAAAUUGCAAGUGGGACUUUCCCCAAGGCCGUCAUCGAAGCUCUUUCGAAUCCCGCACUCAAAAAAUUCCGUCAUUGCACUAUUGGAUUAGCUGCACUAAUAUUUCUGACCUCUAUGUCAGGAGCAUUCGUUGCUGGCUUAGACGCAGGUCUAAUCUAUAAUGAAUUUCCGUAUAUGGGGCAAAAUAUUGUUCCUCCAAAGUCAGAGCUUUUUUCAAGCAUUUAUUCAAAGACUGGCGAUAGCAGUUUAUGGCGAAAUUUUUUCGAUAACCCCACAACUGUGCAAUUUGAUCACCGUGCUAUGACGACUUUGAGCGCAAUCGUGGCCUUAUGGUUAUAUUCGCGCCGCCUUAAUCUUCCACCCCAGGCUCGCCUAGCUAUUAAUGGCGUCCUUGGUGUAGGUUGUUUGCAGGUAACAUUAGGAAUUAGUACUCUACUAUAUAUGGUACCAAUCCCUUUGGCUUCUGCCCACCAAGCAGGUAGCUUAACUCUUUUAACCACUGCCUUAUAUUUGGUACAUAUCAUGAGAAGAAUGCCAAUCAAAUUAUGA